UAAUAAUAAUAAAAAUUCUGGUUUUGUGGCCUUGGAGAGAAACUUUAGUUGGAGAGGGCUGCCGUCGACGCCGAGAAAUCAUGAAGACAAUCCUCUCUUCUGAAACUAUGGAUAUCCCAGAUGGGGUUAAGAUCAAGAUCAAUGCCAGAAUCAUCGAAGUCGAAGGCCCAAGAGGGAAGCUUACAAGGAACUUCAAGCACUUGAAUCUUGAUUUUCAGUUGAUCAAAGACGAGGAAGGGAAGAGAAAGCUCAAGAUAGAUGCCUGGUUUGGGUCAAGAAAGACCAGUGCUGCUAUUAGGACAGCCCUUAGCCACGUUGAGAACUUGAUCACUGGGGUUACCAAGGGCUACAGAUACAAGAUGAGGUUUGUGUAUGCUCACUUUCCCAUCAAUGCCUCCAUAACUAACAGCAAUACUGCCAUCGAGAUCAGGAACUUCCUUGGCGAGAAGAAGGUGAGAAAGGUUGACAUGCUGGAAGGUGUGUCUAUUGUUCGGUCUGAAAAGGUCAAGGAUGAACUUGUCCUAGAUGGCAACGACAUUGAACUUGUCUCCCGGUCUGCUGCUUUGAUUAAUCAGAAAUGUCACGUGAAGAACAAGGAUAUCCGCAAAUUUCUUGAUGGGAUCUAUGUGAGUGAGAAGGGAACUGUUUUUGAGGAAGAGUGAGUCAAGGAGUUUUAGUUUUGUUCAUAUGGUAGUUCUCUUCGUGCUCUAUUAAUGCCCUGGAUGCUUAAGAUGUUUCACCGAUUUUGUCUGGAGUUUUCAUUUUAUAAAAUUUUGAUUGUUCUGCCUAUGUUUUCAA